CUCACUACAACAGCUGGUAGUUUGUUUAUAUCGCGAAGGAUACUUUCAUUUAUUUAUAUGACAUAAAUUGCACAAAGUUUGGUUAAUGCCGCAAAAGUGUAGAAAUAUUCAGCUCUAAUUUUGUAGCACAAAUAAAGUGUGAUAAGUAAGUUUAACGCCGAACAGUUUAUUGCGGCUGUCGGAGACGGUCAUGAAUACCAGCCAAAGGACAGCACCCAUGGACAAUAAAUUGUGCCACGAAGGACGUUUAAGUUUAUAUUGCUACCUGACGACUACUAUUAUAGUGCUUUUAGCUACUGUACCACAAAUCUACUAUGGUACGGUACCAAAUGUUUGGGGUGCUGCAAUGUGGGGCCCGGUUCUGUAUUAUGCACUGAUAAAUAUGGUGAUACGUUAUUUACUGCGCGAUAAUGAUUACCAGAUUGCAAUUCGUUCCACAUUUUUGGGUUUUAUGGAAGCGGCCAGCAUACUAGUGGUUUUGUUUGCGCCUGAUGAAUUAAAGCAAUUUGGAGUUUAUGCUUUCUUUAUGGCGUUCUUCCAUUACUCGGAAUUUCUUGCCAUUGCAUGGUGCAAUCCAAACAGUCUUUCUACAGAUUCUUUUAUUUUAAACCACUCAAUUCACUAUGCUCUGGCAGCUAUAGCCAGCUGGAUAGAGUUUGCUUUGGAAGUGUGGUUGUUGCCUAGCUUUAAAAGCUUCUAUUACAUUUGGCUACUCGGUGUGGUGUUAUGUACAAUUGGUGAAGUUAUUAGGAAGGUAGCUAUGAUUACCGCGCGGAAUAGUUUUACGCAUCUGGUUCAACAUGAAAAAGCAGAUAACCACAAAUUGAUAACGCACGGUAUUUACUCGUAUAUGCGGCAUCCGUCUUAUGUGGGCUGGUUCUGGUGGUCUGUGGGCACUCAAAUAAUACUGCUCAAUCCUGUGUGUAUAUUGAUUUAUACAAUCGUAUCAUGGAAGUUCUUCCACGAUCGAAUCUUCAUGGAGGAAAUCACAUUACUAAAUUUCUUUCGCUCCGAUUAUCACAAAUAUCAGCAAAAUGUACCCACAGGUUUGCCAUGCAUCAGGGGUUAUACCCUCGAUUAGCUGCCUGAAUGUGCAGAUUAGAGUGGAAUGGAGCUGCAUCAAUGUGCUGUGCAUUUAAAUGAAAAAUAUUAAAACUAAUUUCUCACAAUAUCUAUUUCUAUUUAGGUAAUUAAGAGAGCAUAAAGUGUUGUAUUUGUAAGUAUUUUUAUUAACAAAACUGUGUAAACAAAUAACUUAUGAUGACCAUAUUAUUUCAGUAACUAAUAUUAUUAUAUAAUCUAAUUUUACUUGAUUAGAGUUGUAUUAAACGUAACGUUCAAAUAAAUGAUUUAACUGAUAA